GCUGUGUGUUACUUCCGCUUGCGCAAGUCAUUAGUUCGUCGCCAUUAUAGCGACGAGAUCGCGACCGCUUUGGCCGCAGAGCCAGGAACCGAGGGUAAUCGUCGUUUACGGCGAAAAGGGAGCCAGAGCUUUUGCUCUGCUGCAGAAAUAUCCGUGGUCAACGUUCUACUGUAACAUCGGCCGUAGAUCAUCGACAGUUCGAGGAUCUUUUUUUCGAUCUUUGACGAUAACGAAACAUGGCUUAUUGAAGAAGAUGAAGGGCCUGCAGAAAUUCAUUGUUUCUCCAUACGGAGGAAACCGUAGCCUCAACCACUCUGGAAAUCAGCACGAGCGUAUUCGUGCCAGAAAUGGAAAAAAACGCGAAAUUUCAGCAGUCCUCCUCGAAGGGGGGUCCUGCUGAUGCUAAGAAAACUCAAGAUGUUACAAACAACAAACUUUUUCCAAGGACCUCGCGACGACGUGAACCAACUGGUGGUAGCAGUUACUCGAAAUUUGAACAACCAAAGAAGUGCAAUGUACAGAAAGGAAAAAGUUUUGAUAAGAGACCAAAACCUAAAGGACAAUAUCAUGGCGGUUCAAAGGAGGAUACCAAGGUAGUUGAAACGUAUUUGGCUGAGCCAGGCUCAGUAGUGGUCCAAGGAAGUAAAAAGCAGAACUUGAAUUAUCUGCUGAAUUUUCAUUAUGAGACACGUGAGAUGCAAAGUGGUUCAGGUGGAUGGAGUCAUGGAAAAUCAGUGAAGGGUUACUCUCGCAACAGUAACAGAUGGCUUCCACCAGUACAGCGACAUAAAUACAAUAAAGAACAAUUUUUACAAGCCAGCUGCCAGUUUGUUGUAACUGCAAAUGGGAAUUACUCAUUAUACUUAACCGAUCCUGACAUACUAGUUGACUGGAAACUAGUUGAACAAAUUAAAAUUCAUAGUCCUGAGAACUUAUCAUGCCCAAUAUGUUUGUACGCACCGGUCGCAGGAAAAAUGACGCGUUGCGGUCAUGUUUAUUGUUGGUCUUGUAUUCUUCAUUAUUUAUCGCUUUCUGAUAAAUCCUGGCGUAAAUGUCCAAUUUGUUACGAGUCUAUUCAAAAAUCUGAUUUAAAAAGUGUCACGGAAGUCGCUCAAAGUACAUUAAAUUUAGGCGAUACUGUUACUUUACGAUUGAUGCGCCGCGAAAAAGGUUCAUUGCUCGCAGUGCCCGUUGGAUCAGUAACUCAAAGUCCAACAAAUUUUUUCCCACUUUCAGAAGCUAUUAGCAGUCAGGUGUACUCCAAACUACUUAUUGCAAACAGUGAAGAUGUUAUGAACAUCAUCGAAUGUGAACGCGCUCAAUUGAAAAUCGAGCUGCUUAAUUAUCCUGAUUCGCCGGAGAAUUGUUAUAUCGAACAAGCCCUUGAAGAACUCUCAAAAAGAGAAGAAGAAUUACUGCAAAGGGUGAAACUGGAACCGGAGGUUGUUUCCACGGAUAUAAGUAUAACUGAGCAAACAGAGGGCAAUGAUAUUGAAAAACCACAGAUGUGUCAAUUGAAAUCACCCAGUUCUGAUGAAACGAAUAAUUCGACAACAAAAGAUGUGACAACUGCAGUUGAAGAAACACCAAAAAUUGCAGAGAGUCUGAACAGUGUUCAAUCUACGUCCGGGAUACAAAAGUUCUUUUAUUUCUAUCAAGCGGAGGAUGGGCAACACUUAUACUUACACGCGAUGAACGUAAAGAUGCUAGAAAUGCAAUACGGAAGUCUGGAGAAUUCUCCUCACGUAAUAACGGGCAAACUUUUAGAAAAAGAAGCGGGAAGUCUAACGGAAGAUCUAAGACGCAGACUGAGAUAUUUAUGUCAUCUGCCAAUAACUUGCCAGUUUGAAGUAGCUGAAAUUGAAUUGAAACCACCGGUUGUGUCAGAACAAGUUCUAGCUUCAUUUCAAGAUCAAUUAGCAUUAAGACAUAAACGCAGACAACAACGAGAACGCGAGGAAAGAAAGAGGGAAAGAAAAAUCACCGAAGAAGAAAAUAAACGGAUGGGAAAAUACCCAACACCCAUCGUGCGCAUUGAUUCUCAGCGACAUUUUCCUCAGUGGCAACCGGAAUUAUUGUUCUCAGAGGAAGGUGUUCCAACGCCACCAGAAUCUACAACAGUUUCGAGCGUUGCUAGUAGUCCAUCUUCAAGCACGUUCGACGAAAUUGUUUCAUCCAAACAAACUAAUAAUACCAGUCACGAACAGGGACCAUCGUUUGCAGAGAUGUUACGAAAUACCGGAACACGUACAAAGUCGCAUACUGUAUGGCCAUCAGUUAACUCUUCACGCGGGAAAUCAAAUUCAAAUACGGUUGUUCAGUCGUGCUCAAGAGACAUCGAGGACGAAGAUUACAUUUCGGCACCGUCGUACAGUCGAAGUUUUGGUGAUGCUUUAGCAGCUGCUUUGGAACAAACAAAACUGGAAGCAAAGAAUGGAGGAGGUGGGAAGAAGAAGAAGAAGAAAGGAAAAACAACCGUAUUAUUUGCAAAUACUAUGUCGCAUACGUCUUAAUUUUUUUUUCCUAAUAAGGCUUGCACUUUAUGUUCUUAUUUCCGAGUUUCGCGCAAUUCAGUUGUUUAUCACAUAUUACAUUUUACUUUAUUUCAGAUAUAUGUUAGAAAAUUUGUCAAGUCCUAGUACAAAUCGUAAUAUAUAAUGGUAUCUUAUGAAGCUAUCGAAUUUUUAUCAUUGUAUUACGAAUUACUCGAUAAUUAUUUUCUGUAGCAUUCGGGCAUGUUGUGCUUGCAAAUAAAAUUUAAUUUCAUGAAAAA